AUGAAGUUCUCCCUUUCCAUGUCGCUGCUUGCUGCAGCUGGCCUUGCCUCUGCUGCCAAUGAGGUUGCCAUGACCAGAUUGAUGUCCAUGAAGCUCGCUGAGCGUGAGGAAUACAGAGCCAAGGGAAUGUAUGCUCCUGGACGAUAUGCCAACUCUACCAACCGAUUUGUCCCUUGCAGACACGGCAAGGCCGGAGAAUACUCUUGUGACAAGGUCAACCAGCACGGCUUCCUUACCCAUGAGCAGAUGGGAAGCACUACCCGUGAGGGUAACGAUGUCUGGGGUUGGACCUCCAGGGAUGGUCGUGAGUUCGGUGCCAUCGGUCAAACUGAUGGAACUGCCUUCGUUGAGAUUCUCAAGGACGGAAGACUCGAGUACAAGGGCAGGCUGCCAACUCAGACCAAGGCCAGUGUCUGGCGUGACAUGAAGGUCAUUGACGGAUACGUCUACAUUGGAUCAGAGGCCCCUGACCAUGGUCUCCAGGUCUUUGAUAUGCGCAAGCUGCUCCAAGUCAAGAAGCCAACAACCUUCUCCAUUAAAGACGACGUUACCGCCUGGUUCGGCGGUUUCGGUAGCUCCCACAACAUUGUCCACCACGAGGCAACCAAGAUGAUCUAUGCCGUAGGAACCGGCAGAAAGACCGACUGUGCUGGAGGUCUUUUCAUGGUCGAUGUUUCUGACCCAAGCAAGCCAACUUCUCCUGGCUGUGCUAACUCCGACGGAUACGUCCACGAUGCUCAAUGCGUCAUCUACACUGGCCCAGACAGGCAGUACAAGGGCAAGGAAAUCUGCUUCGGUUACAACGAGGAUUCCCUCACCAUCUACGAUGUCACCGACAAGAAGGACCCAAAGAUCGUUUCCAAGACCCCAUACCAGGGCUCCGCCUACACUCACCAGGGAUGGCUCGCUGACCCCAAGAAGAUGACCUACCUCCUCCUUGAUGACGAGCUCGAUGAGAAGGACGGAACUGCCCCCGGAAAGAACCACACCACCACCUACAUCUUCGACAUCAAGGAACUCGCCAAGCCAAAGUACACUGGUUUCUACCAGUCCCCAGCCCAGUCCAUCGACCACAACCAGUACGUUCUUGACGGCCUAACAUACCAGUCCAACUACGGCUCCGGUCUCCGGAUCGUCGACGUCAGCUCCAUCGAGAGGAAGCCAGAUGGCUCUCAGUUCAAGCAAGUCGGUUUCUUCGACUGCCAUCCCGAGGAUGAUCACAUGAACGGAGAAGUCUCCUUCCACGGCAGCUGGAGUACCUACCCAUACUUCAAGAGCGGAUAUAUCCUCUUGAACAGCAUUGAGCGUGGUGUGUACUCUCUCCGAUACACCGGACCAGGAGCUCGUGGUCACUAG